UGUUUGAGGUUAUUUUUUGUGAGUUGUUGUUUACUUUAGGAAAUUUGAAUAAAAUCCUCCUCUAUCUAAUGUGAUUUGUGCGACAAAAGUUCGAGUAUUGCAAAUAAUUGCGGUCAUGACUUCCAAGCUGGAGGUUUUAUGGAGCCCCAUUCGAGAUCGGUUUAUUAUUUGGGGGGGCGACACUAUUACGUCCCAUCAGCUAGUACCGAAGAAAGAAGGGGGCCCAACCGUUGGCAGUUACAAUGUCUCUAAAACGCACACCACUGAAUUGAUUUGCACUGCCAACAAUCAGCAUCAAGUUAAAUGUCUGGACAUUUACCCCCUUUCUCAGGGGGAUGAAAUUGUGGCCCUGGGUGGCAGCGGGGGUAAAAUUACAGUUACCUAUAUGGCAAAACUGGCUUCAGAAGGAAGCGGCCUGCCGAAGAAAGAGUUCAAUGCAAAAUGCCCCAGGCCUUGCACUUCAGUUCACUUCAACCCAGUUGAUUGCCAGUUGGUGGCUGUGGGGCUGGAAAAGUACAAGCCGGACAACUCUAUAAUGAUCUUCGACAUCACCCAAGUAUGCGCUAAAAGGGACCCCAUAGUUGGCUUUAUGGGCUCUAAUGGGGUGGCCGAAAGCACCAAACCAGUAUGGGAAUUUGGGAUGUCCGAGCAUUGCCAGAAUCUCUCCUGGUUUCACAACAACAGCAAAAUUCUAGCCACUGGCAUGAACAUGAAGUUCAUCCGCCUGUAUGAUAUCCGCGAUUUGAACCGGGUGGUCAGUUCAACGGUCACAAAGGCGGCUUUAGGCGUGUGCACUAAUCCGAAAGAUGACAAAUAUUUGGCCUCAUACUUCGAAAAUCAAAUUUACGUUUGGGAUACUCGGAACAUUGAAAAACCCAUUCAGAUCUUGCCGCAGGCCAAACCAGUCCUCAAAGUGGGAUGGUGUCCUACUAAAAGUAAUCUGCUAACAACGUUGCAAAGAGACAAUGGCUAUGUAAGUCUCUACGAUAUUCAAUAUCCAACUAUCGGAAAUGAGGAUGUUGAGCCAACUGUUAUGGAGCGAACUAUUAAUUUAAAGUCCACAUAUCCUCUGGCUUCUUUCAGUUGGCAUCCCCAUGAUGAAAACCGAAUAAUGACCUGCAGUGGUUCGAAUGCUUUAGGCAAAAUUGAAUUACGGGAUCAUUCAGUCUAUGAUAGAAUAACUCUGAAUUUAACGCCGUACUUUCAACUGAUCUGGUCCCAUGGGAAGAAGACCCUAAAGUGUCUCGACGUUAAACAUAUAUCCGGAUGUGGUGAUAUUUCCACGAAGAUACAACGGCGUGCCAAGGCACAGUAUGGACUGGAUGAUGAUUUAUAUAAAAACGCCGAAAUGGUGAAGGAAGACGAAGUCUUGGCCAAUGUCUGGCACUGGUUGCAUUUGAGUGCCAAACUGGUUGAAGAUGGCAAAGUAACGGGCCCAACGCUAAACACCAGUUUCAAACACCCGGGUGUUCUCUCUGUUAUUAAUAACGAUCACGACAACUUCUCGUCUGAAGCCAUUACAGUUUCAUGGACCGAUUUGGGCCACGUGAAUUGCAGAGGAUCGGUGAAAUUCUACGUGCGAACAGACCGCAGUAUGGCCCUACUAUUGUGCUCCUGGCCAUCCAACAACGACAUUUCCAGUAUCACCACCAUAGUCGAAUACCUGGAAAAAGAAGGAGCUUAUUCCAGGGCUGCGGCAAUGGCAGUUUUCAAUCUUCAGGUUCCUCUGGCAAUUGAAGUGCUGAAUCGAGCACCAGUUGAGGCAGGGCUAAGUUACGUAGGCAUCGCGCUUGCAGGAUUUUCCAACGAAGAGGACAGCAAUUGGAGGAAAUUUUGCGCUACUGCAUUAAAAAAAAUUGCUGACCCAUAUUUGAAAGCGUUGUUCAGCUUCCUGCUUUCGGAGAAUCAUAAUUACGAUUGCGUUUUGAAGGAUACCAAAAUUGCUGUGGACGAUCGAGUAGGUUUUGCAUUGGUGUUCCUAUCCGAUCACAAGCUGGCGGAUUAUUUAAACAAAUUAAGCGCCGAGUUAUGCGACAAAGGCAACCUGGAUGGUCUGCUAUUAACAGGCAACAGUCCCAAAGGCUUAAAACUGCUGCAAAAUUACUUGGACGAUACAGCAGACAUUCAGUCGACCACCCUCAUCGGAGUGAGGGCGUUCCCGCAGGAGUUGGAUUCGCCGAAUGUGAAAAACUGGAUUGAAAACUACCAGGAGUUACUAAAUCAAUGGAAGUAUUGGUUUGAAAGGGCCGAAUUCGAUCUGAUGUUGGUCAAGUAUAAGAAUGAAAGGCCCACGCCGCAAGUGUACAUGUCGUGUACCUAUUGCGGGAAAAACAUCUCUGCCCAUUUGAGGACGCUGAAAAACCAGCAAUUUUCGCGGAUAAACGUGGCAGGAUCAUCCAAUAAGUUAACUGGAUGCCCUCAUUGCCGGAAGCCGUUGCCGAGAUGCAUUAUUUGCCUAAUGACAAUGGGAACGUGUAUUGCCGAAAUUAAGGGAAUUAAACCGCAGUCAUUCGACAACUGGUUCACUUGGUGCCAAAGUUGCAGGCAUGGAGGACAUUCGCGACACUUGACGAAUUGGUUUAUGGAACAUCUAGAGUGUCCGAUGGUGGGAUGCUCUUGUAAAUGCUACUCUCUAGACUAUUCCACUUUGGCCAAUUGAAACGUUCCUUUGUACAGUUUGUGAUGAAUAAACAUAGAUUUUUCAA